AUGUGCAACGAGAUUCUGUGUGGCUCUCAAAGUGUCUCUCCGAUCUGCGUAGACUACUCGGGCAAGAAAGCCCUGUUGUGUGUUUUUUCGGAUCUGGCUGUGAAAUUGGAGGGAACCUAUCUGUUGCGUUACCGUGUAUUCGACAUCCUGAUGAGUCUCCCCUCUGGGAGAAGGCGGACAGCCAUCGCGGAGUGCGUAGGUGGUCCAUUCAAGAUAUACUCUACCAAAGACUUCCCCGGACUGCGUGCUUCUACGGACCUCACCAAGCAUCUGUCCUACCACGGGGUGCGGCUCAAUUGCCGCGAAUCUGAACGCCCGCGCAAGCAACUGACCAGUCGUACGAAGCGGCAGGCCGUUAUUGCACCUGCCCCUCUAUGA